AUGAUCUCCAAUCUUCCAAGGGACUUGGUAGAUGAGAUUCUAUCAAGAGUUCCGUUGAAAUCUAUGAUAGAACCGCGGUUAACUUGUAAAAAGUGGGAUACUUUGUCUAAAACUCAGAGUUUUACAAAGAUGCACACUAAAAACGCAACAGCAACAGCAGGAAGUAGAAGAGUCUCUCAGGUGAUCAUAUUAAUGGAUUACAAGCUAUAUUUAAGUAGCGUCGUCUUCGAUGAUGAUCCAUCAAUAAUCCCUAAAGGAAAACUUACUUGCCUUGACAAACAAGUUAAGAUAUCUAAAGUUUUUCACUGCGAGGGUUUAUUGUUAUGCAUCUUGAAAGGCAAUGAUAAGCUUGUGGUUUGGAAUCCAUAUUUGGGACAAACAAGGUGGAUCGAACCCAGUUGUUGUCCCCGGAAUCCAAAUUUGGGACCAGCAAGGUGGAUCGAGCGCAAUUGUUAUCCCCGGAGACUUCAUGAAGGAAACUAUGCUGCGAACGAAUACAUGUACGCUCUCGGAUAUGAGAAUAAGAAGAACAAAUCCUGUCGUAGCCACAAAAUAUUGAAGAUUUUGUUCAAGCAAUAUUUCUUUUGCUAUGAAAUCUAUGAUUUCGAAACUGGUUUAUGGAGAACUCUUGAUGCCCUUGCACAGAUGUGGUACAUAAAGCUUGAUGAGUGUGGCGUUCAAGGGAAACACUUACUGGUGUUCUAG